AUGGAUAAUGCCACAAAUGGGCAGCCAGGCCCAGGUCAGAGGAACAGGCUGGUAGGAUUGCUAGAAACAGAUGACAGUAUCCAGGAAGAUAAACCUGUAUCUAGUAAAAAGGAAGAAAGAUCAGGAUAUGGAAAGAAAGGAGAGCCACAGCCUUUGGAGACACCUUAUCAGAAGGAGAGCAGUAACUUUCCUCCUAAAGUCAAGAUUAAUCUGAACUAUCGGCCAGGACUUGUCAGCAACCAAAAGGACCCCAAUCGCUUUGACAGAGACCGGCUCUUCAGCGCAGUCUCAAGGGGCAGCCCUGAAGCACUAGAUGGUUUACUUGAAUACUUAAGGAGGACCUCCAAAUUUCUCACCAAUUCUGAAUACACAGAUGCAAAGACUGGGAAGACUUGCUUAAUGAAAGCCCUGAUGCACUUAAAGAAUGGAAAGAAUGACACAAUCCCACUUUUGCUGGAAAUAGACCAAAAGACACAGAACCCCAGGCCACUUGUCAAUGUGUCGUGCUCUGAUUGUUACUACAGAGGCCAGACAGCACUCCAUAUUGCCAUAGAGAAAAGGAGCCUAGAUGUAGUGAAACUUCUAGUAGAGAAUGGAGCUGAUGUCCAUGCCAGAGCCCAUGGUGAAUUCUUCAGGAAGAAGAAAGAAGGAGUUUACUUUUAUUUUGGUGAACUUCCUCUCUCCUUGGCUGCUUGUACCAACCAGCUUGAGGUGGUGGAAUAUCUUCUAACUAAUCCCCACCAGAAAGCCAGGCUCCAGGAGCAGGAUACCCAGGGCAACACGGUCCUCCAUGCCCUGGUGAUGAUUGCAGAUGACACUAAGGAGAACACCAAGUUUGUGAGCACAAUAUACGUUGACAUCUUGAAGACAGGUGUGAAGGUUGACCCAACAGUGAAACUGGAGGAGAUAGUGAAUUAUGAUGGAUUAAAUCCUCUGCAGCUUGCUGCCAAGACAGGCAAAGUGGAGAUCUUCAAGCACAUCAUCCAAAGAGAGAUCAAAGACCCGGUGUACAGGCACCUGUCACGCAAGUUCACCGAAUGGACCUAUGGACCUAUCCACGUGUCUCUGUAUGACUUGUCCUCUCUGGACAGCUUCGAGGAAAACUCCGUGCUGGAGAUUCUGGCAUACAGCAGUGACACACCAAAUCGGUACAAGAUGGUGGUUUUGGAGCCACUGAACAAACUGCUUCAGCAAAAAUGGGAAACAUUUGCUUCCAAGAGAUUCUACUUCAGUUUUGUCUCGUACUUGUCAUUCAUGAUCAUCUUUACAGCCAUUGCAUACUAUCAGCCCUUGCGGGUUAAGCCUUCAUUUCCAGUGGAGUUCACAACUGGAGGCUUCCUGUGGGUCUCUGGACUGAUCAUUAUCCUGCUCGGAGGUGUUUAUCUCAUCUUUGCUCAGAGUCUGUACUUGCGGAGGAGACGCCAGUCCCUGAAGACUAUGUGUUCUGACAGCUGCAUUGAGAUCUUGAUCUUCAUCCAGGCUUUCUCAUUGCUGCUGUCGGCGGUCCUGUAUGGUGCAAGUUCAGAAAACUAUGUGGCGGUGAUGGUGUUCUCACUGCUUUUGGGAUGGGUGAACAUGCUGUAUUACACACGGGGCUUUCAGCGCAUUGGGAUCUACAGUGUCAUGAUACAGAAGACUAUCCUGAGAGAUCUGCUGCGUUUCCUCCUGGUUUAUGUGAUCUUCCUCUUUGGCUUUGCUGCAGCUCUGGUUACGCUGAUGGGGGAUGCUCCUUCGAUGUCUCAGAACAAGUCUCUUGCUCAGAUGGAGAGCGCGGGGAGCAAUGCUAUGUACGGUGGGCUGCUUAGCGUCUCCCUGGAGCUCUUCAAGAUCACCAUUGGGAUGGGCGACCUGGAGUUCCAGGAACAUGCCAGAUUCAGAUACUUCGUCAUGCUCCUGCUGCUUCUCUUUGUGAUCCUCACUUACAUUCUUUUGCUCAACAUGCUGAUUGCGCUCAUGAGUGAGACUGUCACAGAUAUUUCUGGCUAUAGCAAAAGCGUCUGGAAGCUGCAGAGGGCUAUUGCUAUUCUAGAAAUAGAGAAGGCCUGGCUGUGGCGCCAAGGUGGGAAGAGGAGAUCUGGCUGCUUCGUGUCAGUGGGCCUCAAUAAGAAAGAUGAGAGAUGGUGUUUCAGAGUAGAGGAACUCAAAUGGACAAAUUGGACAAAGGAUGUGGGAGUUCUUAAGGAAGAACCUGUAAACACCAAUGAUUCAGAAAUAAAUCCAGAAGAGACAAGAUCAUGGAAACGGAUGCCACAGAAACAACUGAGAUCAGCUGUUUCAGAGGAGCAGUCACUAUUGCAGCCCCACCUAUCAGCAACUGAGAUGAUGCCUCUUGAAGGACAAACCAGAAAUCUUUAGCAGGUUUUCUGGAUUUCAACCUUACUUCCCUCUUCAAAGGAGUAGCUCUUCCCAUGGUGGCUGGAGGAACUGAAGGCAUUAUCAGUAUUAAAGUGCAUUUCGUCGAAGACUGUGGUUCAGCCUGUGGCUUUAAAUAUUUUCAUGCACUUUAAUCAUUAAUUUCCUCUGAGGAAACUAUUUUUACUCAGCUUUCCUCUCCCUGACACUUUGUUAUUACUAUGUCUAAAGGUGCAAGAGCAAGAUCACAGAGGCAGUGGGGAGUGGUCUUUGGGAAGGCAGUG